AUGUGCUCUCAUCAAACCAAGUGGACCGUUUCUCCCGCCAAGUCGAAUGUAGGGUGCAUUAAGAAGCACUUGGAUCGCUGUACUACGCGUUCGCCCAAAUUCCGAGUCAUCCCAAACCCCCUCUCCCCUGAUGUCCUUCUACAAGGUUUACUAAAUACCAGAUUCCCGACAGUGGGCCCCAAGUGGACAUUGGCCACUUCUCUCCAGCCGCUGUCACUGGCCCAUCUCAGAAGCCCGACUGCAGUAACCGCUGCUUCAGGUAUCCAUCGACAAGGCCCAUCGCCGAUCUCGGGAUACCUGUAG